ACGUGAAUUCUCCGUGAGGUUCAUCUUGGCCGCAACUCCCUGUAGCGCCUAAUCGCGGGAAAUUUCGAUCGGAGAUGGAUAGAUUGAGCGCCGAGGUUGGAGGAUUGGAAGCUUCAUUGCUUCGAAUGGUCAAUGAUCACUAGUACGCCUCUCUCAAGGUUCGGGAAAACUCCGAAAGAUGCUACUCAGAAGGCGGUGUGUGUUUCGGAUCUUUUAGUGGAUGCUGUGAAUGGUGGAGUUCAAGAAUCGUUUAUCAAUUAGAAGUUGAUUGAACUCGAAAUUAGGGCAUUAGCGAUUACGAUUGCUCGAUUCGCUAAGCAGAUCGAUCAAUGCCUCGCCGUCACUCACGCUCUGAACACCGACGUUAAGGUGACUGUUGACAAAUUUCGGCCAUUAUUUUACAUCACAAGAAAGAGGCCCAGGAUUGAGCCGAACCCGCUGAUGAUUCUGAUGGGAAUGCUUUCUACGUUAAUUCUGGAUUUAUCUGGGACCUCAACAGCACGGAGCAUUGAAUUUGGAGAAUACUCACUCUGAGCUGCCCUAAGCCAUAGCCAUGCACAGCUGACUCCCAACUUUUACAACAAAGUCUGCCCCAAGGCCUUGUCCACCAUUAGAUCCGUCGUCUUGAACGCCAUCAAACAUGAGCCUCGUAUGGGAGCUUCCCUCUUACGUCUCCAUUUCCACGACUGCUUCGUCAAUGGUUGCGAUGGGUCGGUCUUAUUGGACGAUAUUGGUAACUUCGUUGGAGAAAAGACUGCCUUUCCUAAUGUAAACUCGAUCAGAGGAUUUGAAGUCGUCGACCAGAUUAAACAAAAAGUCAAUAAGGCUUGUAAAGGCAAUGUUGUGUCUUGUGCUGAUAUCUUAGCUGUUGCUGCUCGUGAUUCUGUUGCUAUUCUUGGUGGGCCAAACUACAAAGUACUAUUAGGAAGAAGAGAUGCAAGAACAGCAAGCGUAAACGAUGCCAACAGAAGCCUCCCUCCGCCAUUUUUCAGUUUCUCACAGCUUCUAUCCAGCUUCCAAUCUCAAGGCCUCGACCUCAAGGACCUCGUCCUCUUAUCGGCCGGCCACACCCUCGGCAAAGCUCGGUGCGCCACCUUCCGAACAAGGAUAUACAACGACACCAACAUCGACCGGAAAUUCGCAGCGUCGCUGAAGGCAAUUUGCCCACCAAGCGGCAAGGAUAACAAUCUGAUGGGUCUUGACAAGACUUCCAAUUUCUUUGACAAUGCCUACUUCAAAGCUUUGUUGAAUAAGAAGGGUCUUCUCCAUUCCGACCAGGAACUGUUCGGCGGCGGGAGCCAGGAGAGUGAUGAAUUGGUGUCGUAUUAUAGCAGAUAUCCAUACUCCUUUAGAGAUGACUUUGGUUCUUCCAUGAUCAAAAUGGGCAAUAUAAAGCCACUUACAGGAAGUUACGGAGAAAUCAGACAAAAUUGUCGGUUUGUCAACUAAAAUGUUUCGGUUUGGUUUUCGCUUUCGAUUUGAAUUUGGAUUUGGAAUUGGAUUAACGUUGUUUGGGAUUCGAGUGUCGAAGAGUGUGCAAGUUUGUGUAUAACCUUCGUUGAUGUUUGUUUGUAUUAUAUGAAAUUAAA